AUGGUCUCCGCCGGCAACACCCCCUCCUCAGAUGAGGACAUUCGCCAGCAGCUAUCCAAGUUCGAAACAGAUUUUUUUGAAUCCGUCAACAACGAAUCCGAUAAUGGCCUAGAAUCGUUCGCCACUGCUUGGGCCUCUUUCAGCGAAACAAUAUAUUCAAUCUCCAGUAAACUCACACAAGACACGCUCGAUCUCGUAUACAGCUUUGCGACCGUAGUGGAAUCAUUGUCAUCGGGUGUCGUUGACGCUCUCUCACACCCAGCUACAACCGAGCUCAAUCAGGUCUUGGAAGAAAGCCUGGUUGCAGUUUCAACUGAGGAUGAGAAGUCGGAUGCUUCUCCUGCUUACAUCGCGCCCGCCGUCCAAUGGCUCUACCAAAACCUCCACAAUCCUUAUCCCUCCCCCCAAGUUCGAGAAUCAAUCGCGACUAAGAGUAAAUCACCACGAAAGGAUGUCGAUAAUUGGUUCGUCGAUGCUCGUCGCCGGAUUGGCUGGAAUGAUGUUCGCAAGCGUUUCUUCGACAACAAGCGCGCCAAGAUUGUCGAAGCUGCCCAGCAAUUCUUCGACGACAAUGAUGCAGGACUCUCAGCCGAGCUUCAGUUCGCGUUCGCCCAGGUUACCUCUAAUGCUCGAACUCUGUACCAGAAGGUCUCAGAGAGCAGCUUGGCAGUAACGUUGGACAGUGCUGUGAAAGACAUGACGCCAGAGCUCAAGCGUCAGCUUCAAUCCGAGAAACGCAAAAAGCUUCAAGGAGAACAAGCGGCGGCGGCUUAUCCCUCCCCGGAACGGUCGCCUCUAUCAUUACAGACUCACCUAUCACCCUCUGUCUCUGCACCUUCCCUGCCCGAACGGACUUCGCCUACUGGCAAGCGAAGACUCUCCCCUACUAUUGAUUCCGAUGACGAGCGCGCUGAGCGCUCCAAGAAGCGUCCAAGGCUUGAUGCUCCCGCUACAACGCCACCGCCUUCAAAACGGGUGUCGAACUCUCUUCCAUCUCCGGCUCUCUCAGAGUGUGCCGCUCUUAAUGAAGGUCUGGCUACCGUUGAAGAUACCCCCUCCACAUCCGCUCCCGUUGAAGUGUCGAAGAAGCGGAAGCGCAGGCUAUCAGAGAGUGACGGAACCCCGUGCCGCAAGAGGCCGCAAAACGCAGACAACCGACCCCGCCCAGUGGCUGUUUCUGAUCCCUUGCCCCUCCCCACUUCUGAUCCCGAGCUCAACGCAUGGUUGGCGUCAUUCAUGGAUUCGCCUUCCGCGUCUUUCUCAUCUGUUAUCCCUCCGCCUGUCUCCAUCGUUGAGACUCAGGAAGUGACCGCUCCCCUGGAGAUUGAAAUCUCCAAUUUGCCUUUCGAGCCUCUAUCUGACCCAUCGUCCUCUUUUACAUUCCCCUCGAUCGACCUUUCCAACAUAGGCGGUGUGAAUCUUGAUGCUGGCCCAUCGGAAUGGUUCUCGGAUCCUGCCUUGAACUCCAUGCAACCUUCAACCUCUACCCUGAAACAAACUUUCCCGGAUUUCGACUUCGACUUCGAUUCUCAUCUCAUCACCCCUACAUGUCAGCCUGCACUUGCUGAAGUGCAAGGUAAUCCUAUUGACCACAGUACCUUUUUGUCAACCAACACCACCCAGAGCUUCUGGGGCACUGAAAACGCGUAUCCUCCUCCGGUCACCUUUGAUUUCCCUACUUCCCAACCAUGCCCCAGUCCGACGGCUUUGCGAGCGGCACCCCAAGCACAGCCCGUUGUUCCAUCCUUGUCACCAUCAGAAAAGGAAGCAAAGCGGCGAGAGUUGGCUGAAGUGCAUGCCAAAUACGUUGCGCUCUGCGCUGAAUUGGCGGCGUCGGCAUGA